CAUCUUAACAAGAUUGAAUAUUCAGAAUACAGUAAUUUCUCUAACAAGAGUGAGACUAAAUCAGAAACCAAUAAACAUACCCAGAGAUCUGAAUGUGAUGGCAUACGCCCACAAUCCUAGCUGAGGGAAGGCUAUGGCUGGAAGGUUGCAUGUCCAGUCUGGGCUAUCUAGUGAGACUUUGUCCCCACAACCAAAACAAAAUCUGGAAAUCUGGCAUGUUAUUAAAUAACAUACUUCUAUAUAAUUUGUUAAUCAAAGAGAAAUUCAAGGUAAAUCAGUAAACUGUUUUUAGACUUUAUGUAUAUGGGUGUAUUGUCUAUAUAAUGUCUGUGCACCGUGUGUGUGCCUGAUCCCUGCAUGGGCCAGGGAAGUAUGCUGGGUCUUCUGGAACUGAGUUACAGUCUGUUGUGAGCUGCCAUGUGGAUUCUGGGAACUGAACCCAGGUUUCCUGGGAAAGCAACUUGGCUCCUAACGGUUGAGCCAUCUCUCUAGCCCCCUGGAAGAAGUUGGUGAUGUUGUUUUGGACUGGAAUGAAAAUAUAGUAUGUCCAAAUUGGUAGGGUGUCAUGAGUCAUGAAAGCUGAUUAGAAGUUUUAAGACUAACUUCCAUAUUGGAGUGAAUCUGUAUGUUGAGACAGGGCCAUGUAGUGCAUACUGACCUCAUGUUUUCUGUGUAGCCACAGGUAUCCUCCCAGUGCUGGGGUCACAGGUGCUCACCAAAUGGCCAGAGUGGAAGUUUGUUUGUUUGUUUGUUUUGAGACAGGGUUUCUCUGUAUAGCCCUGGCUGUCCUGGAACUCACUUUGAAGACCAGGCUGGCCUUGAACUCAGAAAUCCGCCUGCCUCUACCUCCCAAGUGCUGGGAUUAAAGGUGUGCACCACCACUGCCUGGCUCUUAAGAUUUAUUUUGAUUUUGUGUAGAUGAGUGUUUUUACCUGUACCACAUCUGCAUUUCCUGAAAAGGUUAGAAGAGGGCAUCAGAGCCCCUUGGAACUCUAGUUAUCAAUAGUUGUUAGCUUCUUUGUAGGUGAUGCAAAUUGAACCCAGGUCCUCUGUAAAAGCAGUUAGUGCUCUUAAACCACUGACCCAUCUCUCUGGUGCCUAGAUUUUUUUUUUUUUAAGGCACAAAUCAUUAAACUCUAUUUCCAUAUUAGUAAAAGGGGCUGGAGAGAUGGCUCAGCUGUUAAGAGCACUGGCUGCUCUUGCAGAGGUCCAUCUUGGGUUCAGCUCUUUGCAUCCACAUGUUGGCUUACAACCAACUAUAACUCUGGUUUCAGGGGAUCUCGAUGCUGAUACCACCUUCUGAUCAAGUGGUGCACAGGUAAAACAUUUACACAUACAAAGCUUUAAGAUCUGAAAAUGUUUAUUUAAGAAAUUACAAGAAUCACAACACCCACAUGUGGUGACCAUGCCUUUAACCCCGAACACUUGGGAAGCAGAGGCAGAGGGGUCUCUAAGUCUGAGGACAUCCUGGGAUACAUAGGCAGAUCCUGUCUCAAACAAAACCAAACCAAAACCCACAAAAAACAUUAAAAGAAAGCAAAUAGUGUGGUAUUAAGUCAAGAAAAAAAAAGUUUAAAAACUGCCUUAUUACCAGUAAAAUUGAUCCAUUUCCAGCCAGAUAGAUUAGAGAAAACCAGAAAAACUGUAAUUUUCAGUAUCAGUGCUGAGCAGUGGGUCACCACAGAAUGUGAAUCAUCACAUAAGAAGCCAUGCAUACCACACAACACACACACACACACACACACACACACACACACACACACACACACACACACUCACACACCUAUAGCCCCAGCUUCAGAAGUAGAUAGAGACAAGAGAAUACAGGGGCUUGGUGGCUUCCAGUGAGCUCUGUGUUGAGAGCAGGUGGAGAAUAAUGGAGAACUCCAAGUGGUUUUUCCUGACCUCUACACUCAUACACCCUGCACUCCCAAACACAUGUGCACACACAUGCAUCUAAAGUAAUCUUUAGAAGCAUGGUGAUGCCUGCCUUUAAUCUCAGGUUUGUAGGUACGGAACACCUGCACAGUCGACACUGAUUCUGGUGUGUGUGUGUGUGUGUGUGUGUGUGUGUGUGUGUGUAGGUCAAAGGACACUUGACAUGAUACUUCUUGCCUUCCCCCUGGCUCGAGACAGCCUCUUGUCAUUCAUUGAGUGUGCCAGGCCAAGUGACACCCUUGGGCUUGUAAGGAUUGUCCUGUCUCUGUCCCUCGUCUCCCUGUGGUUUCUGGGAACAGCAUAAAUCAGGAAGGGUAAUUCAGACUCUUUUUUUUUUUUAUUUUUAAGUAUAUAUUUUAAAUUAGCUUACAAAGGAGUGGAUUACUAUAAGGUCUUUUCGUACAUCCUUAGUUUCAGGUCCCCCUCCUCCACAACCCUCUCCUGUUUCCUCUUCCUGGCCAACAUUCAGCUUAGACCUCUUCAUCCCCAACAUCUCUCCGAUCUACUCUAAUAUCAUGUGCUCUACAGCCCCUCCCCUCCUCCCAUGAGAUGCUUCCUGUCUCAUGGGGCCUUGCUAGUUUCUUAACCCCUGCAGACAUUCCAAAUUAAACAUACAAGUCCAAAAGGUCACAGCGAGGAUUUGCAUAUGAGGAGAAUGUAUGGUGUGUGUCUACUGAGCCAGGGCUGCCUUACUCAGCCUUACUCAGUGUAUUUUCAGUUCUAGCCUUUCUUCUACAAAGUCAUAUGUCUUUAUUCCCCAGUGUACCCACCACAUUUUCAUGGUCCGUUCAUUGGUUACCGGGUGUCCUUGAUUGUGACUGGAGCAGCAGUGAACAUUGCUUGCCAGUGUUUCUCUCUGUAGUUGGAAUCAGAGCCCUCUGGGGGCUAUGCCCGGGUAUGACGUAACCGGGUCACGUGAUAGCUCUAUUUUUAGUUGUGGGUUUUUUUGUUUUGUUUUAUUUUUUGAGAAACCGCCACAGUGAUUUUCAAAGUGACUGUGCCACUUUAGAUUCCCACCAACAGUGGCCACGUCUUUUCUCCCACAUCCUUACCUGCAUUUCUUGUCACUUGUUCUCGAAAUGACAGUCUUUCUGACAAAGGUUAGAAAAAUCACCUGAAAUGUCAAUACUUUGCAUUUCUCUGAUGGGCAAGAAUGUUGAACACUUGUAAAAACUAUUUACUAACAAUUUGUAUUUCUGGGGCACCCAUGUCAGGUGGCUCACAACCUUCUGUAACUCCAUCUCCUCUGUCCUCCUGCACUCACACAUACAGAUUCACAUGCGAGCGCUCUCGCUUGCUUUCUCUCUCUCAUCCAUACCACAUACAAUUUAAAUUAGUAAAAUUAGAAAUUUAAAAGCACUUUGUCUUUCUUCUUGGGUUGUGCCAGCCGAAGAAGAUAUAUGCAUAAGUCUGUGCAUAGAUCUUGGAGUGCUUUCUCUCCUUUCCCUCUAGCAGUUGCAGACUCUUAGAGCUGAGUGUUGAUCCGUUUAGGGCUGAGUGUUGUCCGGGGUGAAAGGAAGGCCCAGUUUCAUUCCUCUCCGGCCUCUGCCCAGUGUCCCCAGCACUGCUGGUGACGAGACUGGUUUCUCCUGUGUGUGCAAAGACCAGUGGCUUUAGUUCCAUGGCCUUCUCUCUGGCUCCCUGAUUCUGUUCCAUUGAUCUAUGUGUGCGUCUGAUUUUGUGUUAGUGCCAUGCUAUUUUUAUUACUAUCACUCUUUAGUACAGCUUGAAAUCAAGGACGGUUAUCAUCCAGCACACCCUUUUGUUUAGGAUUGCUCUGGCUAUCUAAACUCUCUUGUGCUUCCAUAUGGAUUUUAAUAUUGUUCUCUCUGUGCUGAGAUGAGAGGGUGUUAGUAUUUAAUGGGGAUUGCACACAGUAUGUCAGUUGCUGUCAGAUGGCUGUUUUUCCGGAUACUCCUGCCCCUGAGCAUGGAGCUUUCCUUUUCUCUCUCAUGUCUUUCCCCUUCUUCAGUGCACUAAACAUUUCGUGUUGACAUCUUUCUCCUCCUUGAUUAGCUUUCUUUCAAGGUUUGUUUCAAGGCCGUUGUGAAUGAAAUUGUUUCUCUUAUUUCUUGAUGUAUUUGGCAUUGGUUACAAAGGCUGUUGUCUCUUUCACUAGCGUUGUGAAAGUGUUUGUGAAUUCUCGGGGUCUUCUGCAUAAAGACUCAGCUCACCUGCAAAUAAGCAGACUCUGACAUCUUUCUUUCCUAUUUAUGUCCUUUUUGUUAUCUUCUCUUGUUUGACUGCUUUAACUACCAUUUCCUGUACAAUAUUGAAUGUAAGUGAAGAAAAUGUAUACCCUUUUCUUGUUCUUUUUUUUUUUUUUUUUUUUUUUUUGGUUGUUUGAGACAGGGUUUCUCUUUGUAGCCCUGGAUGUCCUGAACUCACUUUGUAGACCAGGCUGGCCUCCCUUUUCUUGUUCUUGAUUUUAAUGGGACACUUGGUGUUCUCACUGUUUAAUUGUGUGUUAGCCAUAGGCUGUGUGUAUAGAGCCUUUGUUAGGUUGAAAAGUCCUUCUCUUUGGAGUUUCUUAAGAACUUUUUUCAAGAAAAGAUGUUGGAAUUUUUGUCAAAAACCUUUUCUUCCUCUAUCAAGUUGAUCAUAUGGAGCUGGGGAUUUAGUUCAGUGGUAAAGUGCUUGCUGGGCCCUGGAUUUGGUCCUCAGCUCGGAAAAGGAAAAGAAAAAGGAAAAAAAAAAAGGAAAAAGAUUAUAUGAUGUUUGUCCUUGAUAGCUUCCAUUUAUUGGUUUACAUCUGUUGAACUACCCCAGGCUCUGUGGGAUACAGCAUGGUCUUACCUUCUGCUGUGCUCCUUACCGUGUGUGUCCUGAGCACCUCGCCUCUCGGAAAGCUGACAGGGACUGUGAGAGCGUGAGGAAAGGAUAGAUGUGUAGGAACACUGGGCUCAGGUGGGCCUGUUGGUUAUGUGCAACACUGUGGAGGAGUUAGCUGGUCCCCAUAGGCCACCUCUGUUGGUGCCACUGUAGCCUCUUGGAGGGGGACACUGGGACGCUAGGACACUGGGCUUGCUAGUGUUUGCACCACUGGUCAGUUGUUCAUAAAAACUCACACUUGGACCAGAGGAAGCUUUGCCAUUCCAAGCCUGACCCAAGGAAGGCAUUGGCUCUCAGCACAGUCGUACCGUGCCAACAAUACAUUCACUCGGGAUUUUACCCAUUCUUUGCCUACCCAGUCAGAAUUUUUCAGCUCCCCACAGUUCUUGAAUUCAAUUUGCAAGUAUUUUUGUUGAGACUAUUUGCAUCUCUGCUCACCAGGGAAUUGGUCUAUAAUUUUCCUUUAUUGAUGAUGUUGCUAGUGUCUUUCCUAGCUUUAUAAAAAGAGCUUGGUUAUAUUCCAUCCAGUCCUCUUCCAUUUCAUAACCAGUGUGGUAUUGGCGGUGUGGUGGUGGGCGAGGCUGCCUUCUAGCUUAUGAACUAGUUUGAGAAGCACAGGCGUUACUUUCUCUUUCUCUUUGCUAAAUUGCCCAGUGGAUCUUUCUGGGCCAGAACUUUUUUUAGUUAGCGCAUUUUUAUUUUUUAUUAAUUUUUAUUUAUGUGUAUAGGAGUUUUGCCUACAUGUGUGUAUACCAUAUGAAGUGCCCAUUGAGGCCAGAGAAGGGCAAUGAGCUCCUUGCAGAGUAGCAAAUGGUUACCAGCUGCCAUAUGGGCACUGGGAAUCAAACUAGGUCCUCAAAAACAGCAGCCAGGGCUCUAACCACUGGGCCAUCUCUCCAGCCUUCUUAUAGAGCUGCUUAAAUAUUUCAUCUCAGUUUACAUUUGUUAGGUGAUAUAACUAGAAAUUUAUACUUUUUAAAUAGUUCCAGUUUAGUAGAAUAUAUGUUUAUGACCUAGUGACUUUCUAAAUUUUAUUUUUCUUUGUUAUAAUAGCUUUUCUUUUUUCUUCUUUCUUCCUUUCUCUCUUUCUUUCUUUCUUUCUUUCUUUCUUUCUUUUUUUUUUUUUUUUUUUUUGGUCUCCCAAAUACUUGGAUUAUAAGUGUGUGCCACCUUACCUGGUUUACCUGGUAAUUAGAACCUUUUUGAAUUUGUCCUUAAAUUAGCAGUUAAUAUCCAUGGAAUAUCCCUGGUUUGAGGGAAGGCAUAAAUCUAAUGCCAUCUGGGAGUCGGUAAAGAGUAAGACAGAACCCCAGUAGUAUUCUGUUCGCCGUGGCUGUUUGUGUGUGGUGGGGAUGGGGGGUGAGGGACCUGAAUACAGAGCCUGUAGCACUGUGAGCUUCCUGGAUCAGCACCGUGUAAGCAGCAGCGCCCUGGCUGGAGACAGCGAAUGGCCCCUGAUCCCCUCCUGGCACUGUUGAGUCCUGAGCCUGUCAGAUCUGAUUCUAAUACAGCCACAAGUGCUUCUCGGGUUUUUAAAAGGAAACCCUAGUGUGUGUAUGGGUUCACUUCCUGCUACGGAGUUGGUGUGCACUUGGCAUCCCUCACUGUUGCCAUUGCCACAGUGGCCUCUGUGAAGUGGUCAGGUCGAUGCAUGUGUCCUCCUUUGGGGCCCUUCAGCCCCAGCACUGGGAUGUAAGUGCUCUUCUUGCCCUUGCCAGCACUUGGUAGUUGUUGUCUUUCCCGUUUGCUGAGUGCUCAUGUCACACGCCUUUAAGAGCACUUCCUGAGGAGUGAAAUGGAGCCGUCUCCAUGACUGCCGUCUGCACUGUCUACUCGCCCCUUCUUUAUCAUUGUAUCAGCAGCAUUGGCUUAUGUUUAGUGUGCCCGUUAUCAGAUCACACACGCCAUAGCUGGACACACUAUAUAGCAAACGCCUCCCAUUUUGGAUUUGCAUUUUUCUUCCUCCUCCUCUUCUUCCUCUCCUUCCUCCUCCUCCUUCUUUUACUCCUCCUCCUCUUCUUCUUCUUCCUUUCCCUCUCCCCCAACCCCCCUUCUAGGAUCUCACUUUGUAGCCUUGGCUGGCCUGGAACUCACUCUGGAGACCAGGGUUCUCUGCCCCCUAAAUGAAUGCACCACCACACCUAGCCUGUUCUUGGUUUCUUGAUAAGUAGAUAUCUUCAAUCUUAAUUUUAUCACAGUCGAAUUCACUAUUUUUUUUUCCUCUGGGAGCUGGUUUUGUGACUGUCUCAGAGAUCUGACCCCGCUAUAAAACCCAGCAUUCUCUGGUUUUCCUAAAAGUUCAUUUUGUUUUUUCAGCCUUCACAUUUAUAACAUGGAUGGCUUUUUAUCUUGGAUGAGCAUAGGCUCAGGGGUCCCUUUCCAUGUGUUUUCUCAACAGCACAAUCUGCCUGUGAGAGAGCCUGUUCACUGUCACAGGAAUCUGUGUAUGCCUUGCGUGCCUGAGUUCCACUGUGCAUGAGGCCAUACCCUGUGUAUGUUGUGCCCAGCUUCAUCUCCACAGUAACUUCCCCAUAUGCAGCAUCCUGUGCUGGGGCCAGACGUCAUCCACGGUGUGGCCUCUUCCUGUGUGAUGCUGGAGGAGGCAACCUGAUGAUCCUCUGACAACUGUUCACGUCAGCACUAAGGAAGCAGAUGGCAAUGUCACAGGCACAGGAUUAUGAAUGCAGAAGCCAUCAUGUCGAUGAGCAGGAGCCCAGGAUUCCGGGGUCGAGUACCAGGUUGGAGUGGGUGGAGAUUAUCGAACCACGCACGCGCGAACGUAUGUAUGCCAACCUGGUCACCGGAGAGUGCGUGUGGGAUCCACCAGCCGGUGUGCGCAUCAAGCGCACCAGCGAGGACCAGUGGUGGGAGCUCUUUGACCCCAAUACAUCACGCUUCUACUACUACAGUGCUGCUUCCCAGCGCACCGUGUGGCAUCGCCCACAGAACUGCGACAUCAUUCCUCUGGCCAAACUGCAGACGCUGAAACAGAACACUGAGUCUCCUCGUGCCUCUGCGGACAACAGCCCAGGGAGGGGCAGCCGUGAUGGUAGCACUGGCUCCUCGCUGGAGCCAGAGCUGGAAGAAAGGACACAGGAGCUGCCAGUUCGCAGUGGGCGGGCAACAACCUUGGUCACGUCAAAGGAGGAUACUAGCAGUUGUUCGCCACCAGGUGUGCUCCUGGAGAAGGACUAUGAGGUAUACCGGGAUUACAGUGCCGACGGCCAGCUCCUUCACUACAGGACCUCCUCACUGCGAUGGAACUCUGGUAACAAGGAACGCAUGCUCAUCAAGGUUGCCGACCGUGAACCCAGCUUCCUCACUCCCCAGGGCAAUGGCUAUCCCGCAGACAACCAACCAGGGGGCCAUCACCGCAGACCAUCUGGCAGCCAGCACUCACCUAACCUGCAGACCUUUGUCCCUGACACUGAUGGCACUGUCUUUUUUCCAGAGAGGCGGCCCUCACCCUUCCUAAGGAGGGCUGAGCUCUCUGGGAACUGUUCUCCACUGCUGAUACAGCCCCGGAAACCCUCCAGUGACUCACAGCCCUCCUCCCCUCGCUAUGGUUAUGAACCCCCACUCUAUGAGGAGCCUCCAGUGGAAUACCAGGCCCCUAUUUAUGAUGAGCCCCCCAUGGACGUGCAGUUUGAAGCCAACAGCCCUUACCAGACAGGCUCACCACAGAGGUCCCCAGGCCGAAAGCCCCAUCCAUUCCUGCAAACUACCAAACAGACCCCAACAUCACCCUGCCAGCAGCUGAUGCGCACCAAGCAAAAGUGCCCUGAGCGUUUUCUGAGCCUGGAAUAUAGUCCUGUGGGCAAGGAGUACGUGCGGCAGCUGGUGUAUGUGGAGCAAGCAGGCUCCAGCCCCAAGCUUAGAGCUGGGCCCAGGCACAAGUAUGCACCCAACCCAGGCGGGGGCACCUACUCCCUGCAGCCCAGCCCCUGCCUGCUGAGAGACCAGCGCCUGGGGGUCAGGUCAGGAGACUACAGCACCAUGGAAGGGCCCGAGUCACGCCCAAGCCAACCACCCACACCACUGCCCCAAGCCCAGGAGGAUGCCAUGUCCUGGUCCAGUCAGCAGGACACCAUGUCUUCCACAGGCUACUCCCCGGGCACUCGCAAGAGAAAGAACAGAAAACCCUCUCUGUGCCAAGUCCCUAGCACCUCGUCCACUGAUGGUGCUGGGGGCCUGCUAGGAGAACAGCCUCUGACUGAAGAGCGCUCUCCAUGCAGGGCCAGCCUUACCCCAGUAAAGGCUGAGGCCGACCUAGUCCGAGGCACACCUGAGCCCUUCCUGGCACAGGCCCGGUUAGCCUGGGAGGCACAGCAAGCCCACUUCCACAUGAAACAGAGGGGCAGCUGGGACUCCCAGCAAGAUGGCUCAGGGUAUGAGAGUGAUGGCGCUGUCCCACUGCCCAUGCCUGGGCCUGUGGUGCGAGCAUUCAGUGAGGAUGAGGCGCUGGCGCAGCAGGACAGCAAACACUGGAAGCGGAGCACCUUUGACAAGCUUGGCUUCCCUCAGAUCCUGCUGGAGAAAAGCGUCUCUGUGCAGACCAACCUGGCCUCACCGGAGCCCCACCUCCACCCCUCACAGUCUGAGGACCUUGGUGCCUGCGCCCAGUUUGAGAGCAGCCGACAGAACCGAAGCGCAAUGCCCAGCUCCAGCUGUGUCUUCCCCACAUUCACGCUGCGGAAGCCCUCCUCAGAGACGGACAUCGAGAACUGGGCCUCCAAGCACUUCAACAAGCACACCCAGGGGCUCUUCCGGCGCAAGGUGUCCAUAGCUAACAUGUUGGCCUGGAGCAGUGAGUCCAUCAAGAAGCCCAUGAUUGUGACUAGUGACCGGCACGUGAAGAAGGAGGCCUGCGAGAUCUUCAAGCUAAUCCAAAUGUAUAUGGGGGACAGGCGCGCCAAGGCAGACCCACUGCACGUAGCCCUAGAGAUAGCCACCAAAGGCUGGAGUGCACAGGGCCUGCGGGAUGAGCUGUAUAUCCAGCUGUGCCGGCAAACCACAGAGAACUUCCGCCUAGAGAGCCUGGCCCGUGGCUGGGAGCUCAUGGCCAUCUGCCUGGCUUUCUUCCCACCAACCCCCAAGUUCCACUCCUACCUAGAGGGCUAUAUCUACCGGCAUAUGGACCCUGUUAACGACACCAAAGUGACACAGCACAUAAAAGAGCUUCUGGAAAGAAACAGUAAGAAGAAGUCCAAACUGAGAAAGAAACCCAAGCCUUAUGUUGAAGAGCCAGAUGGGGUGGCAAUAAGCACCUAUGCGAAGUACUGUUACCACAAACUGCAGAAGGCAGCUUUGACUGGGGCCAAGAAGGGCCUGAAGAAGCCUAAUGUGGAGGAGAUCCGACAUGCCAAGAACGCAGUGUUCAGCCCAUCCAUGUUUGGCAGUGCACUGCAGGAGGUGAUGAGCAUGCAGAAAGAGCGCUAUCCUGACAGGCAGCUGCCCUGGGUACAGACACGGCUCUCCGAGGAGGUCCUGGCACUCAACGGUGACCAGACAGAGGGUAUCUUCAGGGUCCCUGGGGACAUUGAUGAGGUGAAUGCCCUCAAGUUGCAGGUGGAUCAGUGGAAGGUGCCUACAGGCCUGGAGGAUCCCCAUGUCCCUGCAUCGCUGCUGAAGCUGUGGUAUCGGGAGCUGGAAGAGCCCUUGAUUCCUCAUGAAUUCUACGAACAAUGCAUUGCGCACUACGAGAGCCCGGAGGCUGCUGUGGCCGUGGUGCACGCGCUACCGCGCAUCAACCGAAUGGUGCUGUGCUACCUCAUUCGCUUCCUCCAGGUGUUCGUGCAGCCAGCCAACGUAGCCAUCACCAAAAUGGACGUCAGCAACCUGGCUAUGGUGAUGGCACCCAACUGCCUGCGCUGCCAGUCGGAUGAUCCUCGCGUCAUCUUCGAGAAUACACGAAAGGAGAUGUCCUUCCUUCGAGUGCUCAUUCAGCAUUUAGAUACCAGCUUCAUGGAGGGCGUGCUAUAGCACGCGGGCUAUGGACGCCUGCUAGGGUGACACCCGGGAAGGUGGGAGGGAAGGCCCCAGCGCGAGGCAGCAUGCCAGGCCCCGCCAGACGCCGGCCCCGCCCUAGGCCCUCCCGGGGCCAAGCAGCCGCGCCAUAUCUCGCGGCCAGUUCCUGCAGGUACCGGCUCGCCCUGCCAGUCGCAAGCCAGCCCCGAGAAGUGCCUUCUGUUUCCCGGAGCCGAGCGACACUGCCCUCCUGGUCGGCUGAAGCACAUACCGCGUUGCUCAGGGCAACAGGACCUUGUCCCCUCUUCAGGGCAAUCCUCCACCAAGGCACUCUCGCCCUGAUCCCUCCCACCCUAGUCUAGGGGCCUCUGGCUGGGGCCAGAAGGAGAGUUAGAGGCGUUCUGGAGAGCUGUGCUGGCCACUACUAGGACUUGGCUCCGUCGGCUCGAUGCCUAAUAGGUCUUUGUGCAAGGGGAGGCCCCAAACCAAAGCCCUCUGGGUUAGGGCCAGGGCUAGGCAGGCUUUCUUGGGGCGGGUGAGGGAGGGCGAGAGGUUUUUUGUUUUUUGACUACAGAAUCUAUCCGAUACCCAGCCUACUUGUGUAUAAAGAUAUAAAUAGAACGACAGAACUAAGUUUGCUAAGGACAUAGUUUUAACCAGAUGCUAUUUAGCUCUUGAACUGCCAUUGCGGUCCUCGCGCUGAGCAAGUUAGCACCACCCUCCUUUGACCUCGCGGCCUCUGACCAAACUCCACACACGGGCGGCGCGUGGAUGAGACCUGCCUGGACUCGUUUGCGUUUUCCAUUCUGGAAUCUGAGUUCCAACAGUUGUCAAACUUCAUUUCUCCUGUUUAUAUAUAUAUAUUUUUAGAGUUUUUAUUUAUUAAAAACAAAAGUCCCGUCAUGCGGAGGUCCUGGCCUCUCUCUCCAGGGCCUCUCGGCCGCAGGCGCUCCCUCGUACGUGUGGCUCGAGGGGACAGUGCUCCGUGUGAAUAAAGUUCAAGUGCACACUCGC